ACCCCUAAAGAGGGCGAUUCCAAGUCGCUGAGAUGUCAACAUGGCGGAGGAAAAUAUGACAUCCGCCGUUAGUUCAGAAACAAGUGGGAAAAUAUUUGAAGAUGUGUUUGUCAAUGGGUGUACGGAUAGCAUGGACGAUAGUGUUAAAGAAUCGGAUGAUGUUCAGACACCAACCGAGGAAAACCAUUCAAAUGAACCCACCAUGCCACGAAAAAGUAGCUUCAUGUGCAAAGAUGGGAGCAGAAAACCACCUCGAAAAAAGACCGUAUCAUUCAGCAGCAUGCCUACAGAGCGGAAAAUUGCAACAGCUCAAGACUGUCUCCAAUGUAUGCAGAGCGGCAGCGAAUUAAUAAAAGUCCGGUCCAACAGUCGUCAGUACCAUCGUAUAUUUACACUCAACCCCGACAUGACAGAAAUCCGUUGGCAGCCAACAUCCAAAAAACCCCAUAAAGCCCGAAUAUCCAUUGCUUCCAUAAAAGAAGUCCGAGGUGGUAAAACCACAGAAGCCCUGAAGAACAAGGAAAUAGCAGGGAUUUACCAAGAUGAGUGUGCUUUCUCCAUUAUCUUUGGUGAGGACUUUGAAUCCAUGGAUCUCAUUGCUAAUACUCCAGAUGAAGCCAAUAUAUGGAUUACUGGACUCACAUGUCUCAUCAACACAAGUGCCAAAACUGGAACACCCCCUGAAGCCAUUGAAGAAAUGCAACAAAUGAGAGAUUCAUAUCCUUUGUUAGUGUUCAUUUAUUUUUAUGAAAUGUUUGAAACGGAGGCUAGCCAAUCAGCUGGGACUCUGGACGAGAAGGGUGUGGUCAACUUAGUCGCCAAACUCAAUAGCAAUAUCGCCACAGCUAGAGUCCAACAAAAAGUCAAG